CAUGUUACGUCGUUCACCCGGAAAUAAAUAUUUUGAGGGAGUUGCGUUUGCCUCAUAGGAGGACUAUUUUGAAAGGUCUCGGUUUAUUCAUAAUAUAACCUACAGAAUCUGUUACGAUAUAGUCAGACUGUAACCUUCGUUGCGAACAUGAAAAGGUUCCUACUACUGGUUGCACAUUGUCUCUUUGUGGUACAAGUAAAAAGUUGGAAUCAAGGCUCGGGCAGCGUCUUGCUGCGGGACGUCCAGGUGUUGACUCUGUACAAGGGCCGCUUCACCACCGCGGGCCGCUCCAGCGCCAUACCCCAAAUCAAGUGUAUCGGGGGCUCGGCUGGCUGCGGAGCAUUUGUCCCAGAGGCUGUUCAGUGUAAAAACAAAGGCUGGGAUGGAGUCGACGUGCAGUGGGAAUGUAAGACUGAUAUGGACAACUCCUACCAGUUUGGUCACAUCGAGGUGAGCUGUGAGGGCUACAGCCAUCCAGACGAUGCCUACAUACUGAAAGGCUCCUGUGGACUGGAGUACACCCUGGAGCUGACCGAAGAAGGGAGGGCAAGGCAGAGGUCCGGCUCCACCCACGGAUCCAAGCAGUCUGGUGGCUUUGGGGAUUUCGCCUCCAACUUCUUUAGUGGUUUCUCUGGUAGCAAGCAUCAACAGCAGGGCAACCAUCAGCAUCAACAGCAUCAGGGCUCCUCGUCAGUAGGCAGCGAGGGCGGCUCAGGUAGUAUGCUGGGACUGGCCAUUCUACUACUGCUAGCCUAUGGUGUCUACAAGCUCUUUCUCAGUGGAAACUCAGCUCAAGGUGGCCAUCCUGAACCCGAGCCGGGAAGCUAUCCUACUGGCCACGAUGACCGUGGCCAUACCAGUGGACCUCCGCCCCCUGGCUUUAAACCCAACUUCACGGGUUCCUCAGCAGGCUACCCUGGUGCUCCUCCUCCAGCCUACCCUGGUGAUCCUCCUCCGGCCUACCCCGGUGCUCCUCCUCCAGGCUAUGGCUUCCAGAGUGGGUACAGCUCUGGGAGCCAGCAUUAUCCACGGCAGCAAAGGGCCACACCAGGAGCGGGUGGAGGCGGCUUCUGGACCGGGCUCGGGACAGGAGGAGCACUUGGAUACCUUUUUGGUAGUCAAAGGAACCAACCUUACAAUUCCAACUUCAGCGCAUCCGGCCACAUCCCACGUCCCGCACAAGCGCCCAGCUUUAGCAGUGGGACCCGCAGUGCUUCAGGUUUUGGAGGAACCAAAAGAAGAUAAAACUCAUUUGGGCGUGUGAUCUCCUGUCUGCCAGCUGAGCUACACAUCACAAAAAAUAAGAGGCCAGAACAUGAUGAAACAUCUGGGAGACAUCAGCAAGUCUCGGGAGAAUUAGAUGUUUUAUUGUGAUGCGUUAAAUGCUCAAUUGACCACAUCUAUGAAUUUGUUCCAAUCCAAACCUUUUCUGAUGGCUGUUAGAGAUGUGACCAUCUUGAUUAAUUACAGCAGAUGUUUGUGAUAUGUUUUUAUUAUGUCUAUCAACAAAAAUCUGAAUAUUUUGGAAAUUUAUGAAAUAACGAGAUGACAAGUUCAUGUUGUUACUCUGCUCUUUUUUUCUAUUGGUCAUUUUAGAAUUUUGAAUAUAUUUAUUUUUGAUCAAACACCAAACUAUCUUGUUUUUACUGAUGGUUGAAGUUUUUUCAGAAAAAUAUGUAUUCUAAUAAAUAUAAUCUAGGCAAACUGAAUGUCGUUAUACUAUAACAAACAUGAACUAUUUUGUUUUCAUUUAAGUUAUGUUUGCAGUUUCUUGUAUUUUCCUGUUUUGAAUAUAAACACAGCAACGCUUAUAAAUACUUUCCCUUACGUAUAGUCAGUUGGGGCAAAUCAAUGAUUGUAAGCUUUAAUUUAAAAAUGUAUGAAUUUAAAGCUGUCAUCCAUUU